GGAGCAGCUUUACUGCAAGCGUGAUGCCGGUUGCUCCUGCAGGGGAACACGUGAGAAUCAGUAGAAAUCAGGAACAAAUCAGCAUUAAAACAGGGUUAAAUCUGAAUUAAACCGGGUUUACGCUUCUAAAUAUAUGUUCUAUAGGCUUUAGACAGACUGUACUUAGAUCAUGUCAUAAGAGACAGGUUUCUGGUAUCUGGUAUAUUAAGGGGUGUGUUAAACAGUUAGCACUAGCUUUAGCAUUAGCGCUGUAAUUCAGCAGCUGCUCUGUUUGCCUUAUUUUCCUCCUGGAAGUUAAAUCAGUUAAAAGUCAGAAAUGCUGUAUUUUAUCGGUCUUGGUCUCGGGGACGCGAAGGACAUCACAGUGAAGGGGUUAGAGAUAAUUAAAGGCUGUAGUCGGGUUUAUUUGGAAGCCUACACCUCCAUCCUGACUGUGGGGAAAGAAGCUCUGGAGGAGUAUUAUGGGCGUGAGCUGCUGCUGGCGGACAGAGACAUGGUGGAGCAGGAGGCCGAUGAAAUCCUGAAGGGAGCUGAUGUUAGUGAUGUUGCCUUCCUGGUGGUGGGAGAUCCUUUUGGUGCAACAACCCACAGUGACCUUGUUCUGAGAGCAGUGAAUGCUGGGAUCCAUUACCGGGUUAUCCACAAUGCCUCCAUCAUGAAUGCGGUGGGCUGCUGUGGACUUCAGCUGUACAACUUUGGUGAGACUGUGUCCAUUGUGUUCUGGACGGACACCUGGAAACCAGAGAGCUUCUAUGAUAAGAUCAAGAGGAACAGAGAUAUGGGCAUGCACACACUCUGUCUUCUUGAUAUCAAAGUUAAAGAGCAGUCCAUGGAGAAUCUAAUGAGGGGUCGUAAGAUUUACGAGCCGCCCAGGUUCAUGACCGUGGCUCAGGCAGCCGAGCAGCUCCUGGAGAUAGUGCAGAACCGCAGGGACAGAGGAGAGGAACUGGCGAUCACUGAGGAGACGGUGUGCGUGGGUCUGGCGCGGGUGGGAGCUGAAGACCAGGCCAUUCGGGCGGGGUCGUUACGAGAGAUGGCUUCGUGUGACCUGGGAGGACCACUGCACUCCAUGAUCGUCUCUGGACAUCUUCAUCCGCUGGAGGUGGACAUGCUGAAGCUGUUCAGUGGCUGUUCUGAGGGUCUGAAGAGCCUGAAGAUGACCGACAGCUCUACGUACAUCUCCUGAGAACCUCAGAAGAACUUUCAGAAACCUAUAGAAACAAGAAAAACAGGAACAGGAACUUUACAGGUCUUUGAAAAAACGAAGGGAAUUAAAUGUUUCUAAUUAUUUUUUAAUGUUUACUGCAGGGUCCAUGCUGGAUCUUCCCCUUCAGGGCAGCAAGCCAUUACAUCAGGUGGUCUGUGUGAACUCAAGUACUCCAGCACAUGAGGUAAAAAGGAAACCAUACAAAUUACAUAAUUGUUAUUGCAGGACAAAAAUAUCCGCUCCACUCCCGAAUCCCCAAGGACCCGUCAGGUCAAGGUUCUGUUUCAUUACACCGUUUGUGUUCGGGCCACUUAAUUAAGUCGUAUGUGUGGCCGUAGACCGUAUCGUAUGUCAGAAAAUGGAAGGACAGGAUUACAAAGGUUAUUGAAAAAAAAAUCAUCUGGGUUAAAUUAGUGCCUCUGAAAAGUGAAGCUCUCCUGUAAUUUGAAGCCGAGCUGUUGAACAGCAUUGGCUUUCUAAAUGCAACAAAUGCGUUCAAUAUGAAUGCCAAAACAUUUGAACAUACUGAACUUUUUUUUUUUUAUGUUCCUGUCUGCCUGAACAAGGCCUCGUCGUGUUGCUUUGGAACAUCGUUUGAUUGCUACAAUAAAAAAGAAGCAUAUUUUAUUACUGCUGGGGUUCUACAAGGCCCAGUCCAACAUGUG